CUCAGCAGUCAUCCAUGCUGUGAGCUACACCUAGAGGCUAGUUAUUUUAGCCUAUAUUUGUCUCCAUUUUGGAAUAUUUGCAGCAUUAAUAGUAUGCCGAAUUAACUGUAAGCACUUCCUGUUUGCAUUGUGCUCAUGGCUGUACAGACGACUAUCACUGCGUUGCUUUUAUACGGAGGAAAACUUAAAAACGUGAGGAUUCUCAAGGGAGUCUGGAAUUACGCGAGGGGUCUGUGACUUCUAAGCGGAUUUAUGGACGUUUAUGUGAAACUCAUCGGAAAUAAUGACGUCGUCGGGAAGGGGAUUUGCAUGGAGAGGUGAAGCAACAGCGUCCCGGGCCGGUUGCUGCAGGGGCUUUCUCAUUAUCCCCGGAUUAAUAGAGAUCUACAGUUUGAAGAUGGGUGUGACUGACAUAGUGGAAGAGCUCCAGCGUUGAGACCAGCAGAGACAUGUUGUCCGGAUCAGAACUUAAACUGGUUUCAGUUAUACGAACGUGAAACUCAGACAGUAGUAGCAGUCGACAGUCGUUGUCAGACGUAGAGGUGAAAUGGCGCAGAAAGGAGUUCAGCUGGACCGGGAAACUAUUUCUUGUUCGAUCUGUCUGGAUGUGUUGAAGGAUCCAGUGACUGUUCCCUGUGGACACAGCUACUGCAUGAACUGUAUUAACACCCACUGGGACAAAGAGGAUGAGAGGAAAGUCUACAGCUGCCCUCAGUGUAGGCAGACCUACAUGCCGAGACCCAUCCUGAUGAAAAACACAGUGUUAGCAGUUUUAGUGGAGGAGCUGAAGAAGACUGGACUCCAAGCCGCCCCUGCUCAGCACUGCUAUGCUGGACCUGAAGAUGUGGCCUGUGAUUUCUGCACUGGGAGAAAACUGAGAGCACUCAAGUCCUGUGUGCAGUGUCUGGUCUCUUACUGCGAGAAACACCUCCAGCCUCAUUAUGACGCAGCGUCGUUAUCCAAACACAAGCUGGUGGAACCGUCCCAGCACCUCCAGGAGAACCUCUGCCCUCAUCACGAGGAGGUGAUGAAGAUGUUCUGCCGGACCGAUCAGCAGUGCAUUUGUUAUAUUUGCCCCCUGGAUGAACACGAAGGCCACGACACGGUGUCAGCUGCAGCAGAAAGGACUGAGAGGCAGAGAGAGCUGGAGGUGCGUCGCCGAGACAUCCAGCAGACGAUCCAGGACAGAGAGAAAGAUGUGAAGGUGCUUCAACAGGAGGUGGAGGCCAUCAAUCGCUCUGCUGAUAGAACAGUGGAGGCCAGUGAGAAGAGCUUCACCGAACUGAUCCGUCUCAUGGAGAAAAGACGCUCUGAUGUGAAGCAGCAGGUCCGAUCGCAGCAGAAAUCUGAAGUGAGUCGAGUCAAAGAGCUUCAGGAGAAGCUGAAGCAGGAGAUCACUGAGCUGAAGCGGAAAGACGCUGAGCUCGACCAGCUCUCAAACACAGCGGAUCACAACCAGUUUCUACACAAAUACCCCUCGCUGUCAGCACUCGGUGACUCUGCAGACUCGUUGAGCUUCAUUGACCGUCCUCUGCGGUACUUUGAGGAUGUGACAGCAGCUAUUACAGAGGUCAGAGACAAACUACAGGACGUUCUGAGUGAGAAAUGGACAAACAUCUCACUGACGGUGACUGAAGUGGAUGUUUUACUGCCACAACCGGAGCCCGAGACCAGAGCUGAAUUCUUAAAAUACUGGCGUGAACUUACACUGGAUCCAAACACAGCUAACGCAUAUCUCUUAUUAUCUGAGGACAACAGAAAGGCAACAACAAUGGAAGAAGAACAGUCUUAUUCUAGCCACCCGGACAGAUUCACUCUACAAUGUCAGGUCCUGAGUAGAGAGAGUCUGACAGGUCGUUGUUACUGGGAGGUGAAGUGGCGCGGAAAAGUUGAUAUCGCGGUCGCAUACAAGAACAUCAGCAGAGCAGGGAGGAGAUAUCAGUGUAAAUUUGGUCACAACGAUAAAUCCUGGGCAUUAAGAUGUUCCGAUACCUGGUAUGUCUUUUGGCACAACUAUGUCAACACUCAAGUCUCGUGUCUUCGGUCCUCCACAGUAGGAGUGUAUCUCGACCACAGGGCAGGUAUUCUGUCCUUCUACAGCGUCCGUGAGACCAUGACCCUCAUCUACAGAGUCCGGACCACGUUCACUGAGCCUCUCUAUGCUGGUUUUUAUCCUCUGAAUACAGGAAACACUGCUGAGUUCUGUAAACUGGAAUAACCUGGAAGUCGUGGAUCGAAUUCUGUGUUUAAAUUCUGUCAAUCAAACAUUAUGGGGCGGUACUUUGAUGCGUUUCAUUUGUAGCUCUGUAAAUGACUGAGUUUCUUCAUCACUGAUCAUUUCUGUUUGCCUGAACUGACAUUUCUCUGAAGUCAAACGUAAACUUCUCUGUGCUCGACAUCUGUGUGGAAUAUUUGUAUUCAUGCAUGUGUGUGGUGGCGUUUGUCUUAAAGUGCAUGAGUCCAAUCUGGUACUUGGAGUUAUAAUUUUAAAAAAAAACUGUAAUUGUCACAAUCGUAAUCAAUAAGGAGAUCAUUCAUUCUUUACGUUAACAUUGCUGAAAUUCUGCUCAAACUAAUUAAUUGAAUCAGAAUCAGAAUCAGAAAAAGCUUUAUUGCCAAGUACGAUUUUACACAUACGAGGAAUUUGUUGUGGUGAUGUUGGUGCAUGCA